AUGGCCGAAGACAACGAGAGGAAAAGGGCCAAAGAAGAGGAUAUCCAAAGAAUUAUGAAGGGUGUCCAUAAAAAAGGUUUCAUAGCUCUUAUUCGUGAACUAAAGUUCAGGUUUAACUUCAAAGUGAUGGUCCUUCUGGAGACUAAGUGUAGUGGAAGAUUUUGGGUCCUUUGGGACGACACUGAUGUUCACAUCCAAAUUCUACUCUCCCAGCACCAAAUAGUUCAUGCGAAGGCUCACCAUUAUGAGUCUGGGAAGGACGAACUAAUAUCCUUUCUGUAUGCAAGCCCGCGAAGGAUAGACAGACGCUGCCUUUGGGAGUCUUUUAGCAAGAUUGCUUCCUCCAUCUCUAACGAGAGUUGGAUGGUUAUGGGUGACUUCAACGCCAUGCUCCUUCGAUCCGAGAAGAAGGGAGGAAGUGACUUUUGUUGGAAUAGUGCAUCUGAGUUCAGGAAUUGCUUGACAGAUUGCCUAAUUAAAGACAUUGGUUUCUCAGGACCCAGUUUCACUUGGAAGAGGAAUGAGCUUCAGGAAAGGUUGGAUAGAGUCUGUGUGAACGAGAGAUGGAAUACUGAGUGGGAAAACAAGGAAAUGGUACAUCUUCCCUUCUACUCGUCGGACCACCGCCCAAUCCUUAUUACUAACAGUAAUACAGAUGACCAUUUACAUGGGAAUAAGCCUUUUCGCUUCCUAGCUUCAUGGCUGACAGCCGAGGAUUUUGGUGACUUGGUCUCUAGCUGUUGGAGGAAAUCCAAGAAUUGGUCAGAGGCUAUAGAUAACUUCCAAACUGAGUUGCUAAGAGAAGAAGAAACAAAAUCAAGGCUAUCAGGAAUGAGGAGGGGGACUGGGUUCUGGAACCCCAGGAGAUCAUUAACCUUGGCUGUAGAUUACUUUGAAAAAAUUUAUACUGCAGAGGAAACCUCUCUGGAUGAUUUCCCUGUCAGAGGAGCCUUCCCCCAUCUAGAGGAAGUAAAUCUUGCCGGCCUUGGGGAAGCACCAUCCAAUGAGGAAAUCAAGAGCAUUGUCUUUAACAUGGGGAAAUUCAAGGCCCCUGGUCCAGAUGGGUUGCAAGCUGUGUUCUAUCAGUCUCAGUGGAAUACUCAGUGCAUCAAUAUGUCAACUCAUUAA